GCACUGCACAGCACAUCAACCAUGUCCGGACGCGGCAAGGGCGGCAAGGUGAAGGGCAAGUCCAAGUCUCGCUCGUCGCGGGCUGGACUCCAGUUCCCGGUCGGUCGUAUCCACCGUCUGUUGCGCAAGGGCAACUAUGCCGAGCGCGUUGGCGCCGGCGCGCCGGUGUACCUGGCCGCCGUCAUGGAGUACCUGGCCGCUGAGGUGCUCGAGCUGGCAGGCAACGCCGCUCGCGACAACAAGAAGACCAGGAUCAUCCCCCGCCACCUGCAGCUGGCCAUCCGCAACGACGAGGAGCUCAACAAGCUGCUGUCGGGCGUGACCAUCGCCCAGGGUGGUGUGCUGCCCAACAUUCAGGCCGUCCUGCUGCCCAAGAAGACCGAGAAGAAGUAAGCAGCGUCCGCACGCACGCGUGUCAGCGCACAACAGGCCUUUUUAAAGGCCACGCAAUCGGCAUCUUUCGAGAGCGAUCGCACGGUGUCACCCAACCGGCCAACGGCCGACGGCAGAG